AUGCGUGGGGCCCUGGGGCUGGCCCUCCUGGCUCUGGCCAGCGCCGUGAGCUUGAGCUGGGCCAGCGGCUUCACAGAAAGGGGCCUGUCCCUGCUGGGCUACCAGCUGUGCGGCCGCCGCGUGACCCAGAGCGUCCGCAGACUGCAGGCCACGCGGUCGUCCAGCGUCACCUACGUGUCCUGCGGCGGCUGGAUCCCGUGGAGGCGGUGCCCCAAGACGGUUUACAGGACACAGCUCCUGCCGGUGGACGUCCCUGAGCCCACCAACGUGACCGACUGCUGCGACGGCUACGAGCAGCUGGGCUUCUACUGCGUCCUGCCUCUGAAUCGGUCAGGGGAAUUCAUAUCGCGCCCUGGGGUCUGCCCAGCAGUGGGGCCGGGACCAUCCGCGUCUGCGUGCAGUGUAGACACCGACUGCCCUGGACUUCAGAAGUGCUGCCCCUGGCCGGGGGGCCUCCACUGUGUGGCCCCCGCACCCCGAGCCCCCGGGAGGAGCGUGCCGGGCUCCUGGUACAACGUGACCAUGCUGGUGAAGAUAGGCUUCGAGGACCUGCGGGGAGUGGACCCCCACCUGCUGAACCACACGCGCCUCCUGUGCUCGCUGGUCACCAGUGCCCUGCAGCCGCUGAACUCCUCGGUCCACCACCUGCACUCGGCGGGCAGGGACACCUCCACCACGCUGUCGCAGCUGCUGCUGGGCCUGCCGCAGCCGGCGCCCAUGGCCAGCGUCUCCAGUAAGCUGGACGACCUCGUGCGGCGCGUCUACGAAGUGGUCAGCGUCCAGGUGCAAGAUGUGGACGAGUGCCUCUUCGACGGACUCAGGGCCUGCUCGGGAGAGGAGCUGUGCAUUAACGUGGAGGGCUCGCACCAGUGCACCGGCCACCAGGGCUCGCCCGCUCCCAGGAAGUUGGAUUGGAAGUGGAGGAGCUGCCCCCCGAUCGGUGACCACAUGGCCCACAACGUCACGAGCACCAGUUUCCAAGUGUCCUGGAGCUUGCGUUCGGCCCAGAACCACACCUUCCUCGUGCAGGUGUACAGGGGCGAGGUGUGGCUCAGCAGCUCCUGGACGGGAGCCCAGACCGUGGAGGUGGCUGGGCUGGAGGCCGGGGCCCUGUACGAGGUGCAGACCAGCUACCAGGGCUGCGGGGUCAAUGUCUCUGCCACGCUGACCGUCAAAACAGAGGCCCGGGUGUUCGGCGUCACGGUCAGGAUCCUGAACCGCAACCUGACGGAGCAGCUGCAGAACCGCAGCAGCGGGGAGUACCGGGCCUUCUCACGGCAGCUGCUGCGCGAGGUGGAAAAGUCCUUCCCGCCAGCAGUGUCCGACCUGCACAGACGGGGGAAGCUGAGGAUGUGGAUCGUGUCCCUCCAGGCGGGGAGUGUGGUGGCCAAGCUCAGACUGGCUGUGCAGGACCCCGAGUUUCCAGUGGGUGUCUCCACGCUGGCCCCCAUGCUGGGGCCCCUGUGGGCGAGCACAGUGUUCCAGAUCGACCAGCAGGGGACACAGGUGCAAGACUGGGACGAGUGUGCCGACAGCUCCGAGCAUGACUGCUCGCCGGCCGCCCGCUGCCUCAACCUCGAGGGCUCCUACACCUGCCAGUGCCGCACGGCCAGGGACGCCAACCCCUCCCGGGCCGGCCGGGCCUGCCAGGGUGACCUGGUGAGCCCUCCGGGAACUGUGCUGUCUGCAGCGGCUGUGGUCACAGCCCCAGCUCUGGGCACAGGAACAGCAGCCCUCGACCCAGAGAUGCCCGUCUUGUCUCCCAGCCCCGGGCACCUGUGGGGCACUGUGGCAGCAGGCCCGGCCCAGCCCUCAGGGCUUGGGCCCAGGACAGAGGGCAGCAGUGUGACUGGGCAGGACAAGGAACGCUGGAACAGCACGGGGCCCGGUGUGCUGGAGGUGGAGCCCAAGUUCCUGGGAGCCCUCACCAUGGAGCCACCGUCUGGGGCCACCCCCACCGAGGACCCCACUGGCCACGUCAUGUGGCACAGCAACCUCCCCACGUGGGAAGCUCCUCUGAACCCCACGUGGCUGCCGAACGAGGACCCUGGGCUGCUCCGCUCCCCAGACCCGCCACGGACCCCCACCCCGGCGUCUCUGAGGCCCCCGGGCUGCAGUCCUGUCCCCAUUGAACGGGUCACAGUCUCCAACGUGAGCGGCUCCGGCUUCCACCUGGCCUGGGUGGCGAGUCUCGCCCUGUGCCCCACCUUCCAGCUCACCCUGAGCUCCACGCCGAGCCUCGCUGUGAGCCUGGAGACGCAGGGCACCAGCGUGGCGCUGUCGGGGCUGCAGCCGGGCCUCGUGCACCUGGUGGAGCUCGUGGCCAAAGCCUGCGGGAAGGAAGGCGGCAGGGCACAGCUGAAAGUGCGGACAGCGGCCCAGAAACUCCGCGGCCAGGCGAGGAUCACCAGCAUCAGCUACUCAGAGCGCCUGCGCAACGCCAGCAGCCAGGAGCACCGGGAUUUCCUGCGGCUGUUCUUCUCCGCGGUGCGGGGAUCCCUGCCGGCCACGCUGCGCCAGCAGCUGGACGCGGGCGGGCUCAGGCUGGAGGUGACCAGUGUCGGCAACGGCAGCGUCGUGGUGCAGUUUAAUUUGCUGAUCGUCGCGGACCUGGAGGUGGGGGCGGUGUCUGCGGCGUUCCUGGCCGCCUUGCACAACGCGUCUGCGCUGGAGGUAGCCACAGACGACACCUUCCUACAGGAUUACGAUGAGUGUGCGAGCGGGGAGGACGACUGUGUGCCGGGAGCGGCCUGCACCAACACCCUCGGCUCCUUCGCCUGCGGCUGCGAGGGAGGGGCCCUCGGCAUCCCCAUAGAGUAUCCUGGAAGACCCUGUGCAGGUGACGCCCUGGGCCCCCCGUGCUGGUCCCCAACCACAGACCCGCGCUGGGCCUCUGUCUCCGUGUGCCCUGCAGGUGACUCCCCUGGCCCCGCACCCUGGGCCCCGCCCCCGCGGCUGAGCCUGAGCGGCGCGGUCACCAGCGUGCUGUGCGAGAUGGAGAAGGUGGCCGUCGCCGUGCAGAGGCUCCUGCAGCAGGAGGCCAUCCCCGAGGCUGCCCUGUACCUGGGGCACCCAUCCUGCAACGUCAGCACCAGCAACAGCAGCCACGUGCUCCUGGUGGCCGGCUGGAGCGAGUGCGGGACCCUCGUGCAGAGCAACACGACGGACACGGUGGUGAGGACCACGCUGAGGAGCGACCUGUCAGAGGGCGUCAUCCACCACCUGAAGAUCCUGAGCCCCAUCCACUGCGCCUUCCGGAACCACCUGCUGACGUCCUCGGGCCACAGCCCCGAGUGGGGGGUCUACACUGUCAUGGAGGACCUCCACGGCGCGGGGAGCUUUGUCACUGAGAUGCAGCUGUUUGUCGAGUCGCCCAUCCCCCAGAACCACAGCGUGUCUGCCAGUGACGACGUCACCAUCGCGGUGGGGCUCUACACCCAGAAAAGCGACCUCAAGGUGGUGCUGACCGAGUGCUGGGCGACCCCGUCGAGCAAUGCCCGGGACCCGCUCACCUUUGGUUUCAUUAACAACAGCUGCCCGGUGCCCAACACCUACACCCGCGUCAUCGAGAACGGCGACUCCCACAAAGCGCAGUUCAAGCUCAGGAUCUUCUCCUUCAUCAACACCUCCCUCGUGUACCUGCACUGCCAGCUGCGCGUGUGCCUGGAGGCGCCCGGAGCCACGUGCAAGAUAAACUGCAACGACCUGCGCGUGCUGAGAAGCGGCGAGGCCUCUGAGGUCCACCUGGCGUCCUGGGGGCCCCUCGUGCGGUCUGAGGGUGCGCCGGCAGGGCCCGCACCGGGCCUGGGGGCCGGCUACGUGGUCCUCAUUGUGGCGGGCAUCCUCACGGUGGUGGCCGCGGCGGCUGCCCUUCUGAUCGUGCGCUCCCAGAUGAUGACAGGAAAAUAUAGCUUCCGGCUCCAGCCGGACACCCUGAGCUACCGGGCGUUCAGCGACUAG